AGCAACAUUCGACUCGGUGUGCAAGUCUAAAACAGGUUAACUUGUACAGUUGGCCCUUAACGUCGACGGGAAUUGACCACUACUAAUUCCGGCAUCGAGAGAUGACAGACGCGUGAUCGCCUACAGUAUAUAAAGAAGCCCACACGCACCGAUCGAAUGGCAACCCACCGACCUAGUAUAGUCCCAAGCAUCCUACAAAGGUAGAAAGAUGUCACGAUCGCGACUCCCCGUCCUCUUUGUCCUUGUCGUCUCGCUCGUCGUGCUGGUGUCGGGCCAGCCUCGUCCGGUGGUCGUUCCGGUGACCAAGGACACCGCCACCUCCCUCUAUACCAUCCCCUUGUACGACGGCGCCAACCUCGUCGUCGACAUCGCGGGCCCGCUCGUGUGGUCGACGUGCCAGCGAGACCACCUGCCGGCGAAGUUCGCGUGCAAGAGCGACACCUGCAAGCUCGCCAACGCCUACCCCGUGCCGGGCUGCCCAGCGACCGGCUGCGGCCGCGACCCGCGCAAGGACAUGACGUGCACGACGUACCCGUACAACCCGGUCACCGGCUCGUGCGCCGCCGGGAGCCUUGUCCACACGAGGUUCGUCGCCAACACCACCGACGGCAAGAACCCGGUGAGACAGGUGUCUGUGAGGGCCGUGUCGGCGUGCGGAACGACAAAGAAACUCCUGGCGUCGCUGCCGCGGGGCGCCUCGGGUGUGGCCGGGCUCGCGGGCUCCGCCUUGGCGCUGCCGGCGCAGGUGGCGUCGUCGCAGAAGGUCGCCAAGAAGUUCCUCCUCUGCCUGCCAACCGGCGGCGCCAACGGCGACGGCGUGGCCAUCUUCGGCGGCAGCCCGCUGUACCUGGAGUACACGGGGUCGGUGGAGUACACCUCGUCUCUGGAGCACACGCCGCUCGUCACCAGGAAGGGCAGCCCCGCGUACUACGUCGCCGUCAAGUACAUCGCGCUGGAUAACUCCCGCGUGCCGCUCCCACCUCUCGCGCUCGCCACGAGCGGCGUGGUGCUGAGCACGACGGCGCCCUACACUGUGCUCCGCGCGGACGUGUACCGCCCGUUCCUGGCCGCGUUCCGCGAGGCCACGGCGGCGCAGUGGCAGUACGCGCAGAAGCCACGCGAAGUGAAGCCCGUGGCGCCGUUCGGGGUGUGCUACGACGCGCGGACGCUGGCCAACACGCGGAUGGGGUUCAUGGUGCCGAGCGUGACGCUGGCGCUUGAGGCAGAGAAGAACUGGACGAUGACCGGCGUGAACUCGAUGGUGGCCGUGAAGCCGGAGAAGGCGUGCCUGGCCUUCGUGGAGAUGAAGGAUGUGAAGGCCGGAGAUGGCAAGGCGCCGGCGGUGAUCGUUGGAGGAUUCCAGAUGGAGAACUUCGUGCUAGAGUUCGACCUGGAGAGGAAGCGGUUCGGGUUCCUCAGGCUGCCCUACUACGCGCAAUGCGGCCACUUCAAUUUCACUCGGAGCUCUUAGACCUUAAAAUGUCAAUGUCUUCACCUACGUUGCUUUUUUUAGACCACUCCCUGUAAUUCUUAUAGUAUGUCACUUGGAGAGCCUUUGACCUUUUACUGCUUGUAAUAAUAAAUAAACAAAUGUCCUGAGGUGUUAAUUGGAAUACCACCUGUUACUG